AUGUCAUUGUCCUCAGAUGAUAUAGAGGCCGUCCUGCGAGCAGUCGACAAGGCCACAGAAGAAUUGGGUUUUUGUCGCAACCGCGUUUGGGCGAUAGCCAAGAGCCUACGAGGGGGUCCACGAGAAUUCCCGAAGUUACUCCCUUCCCUUGAAGGUCAACCCCGCGAGACAAAAACGGAAGACCAUCAGCUUUGCACGUUCGACUUCUGCGAGCAAUCUCGAGUUAAUUUCACUCUGGUGACGCAGCGUCACGAACCGCCUUGUGAUGGAAACCGCUGUCCUCCUGUGAAUUUUCCUUCAGAUAUUAUAGAAGGCGCUGUCCGCGAGGAGCAACAAACCACAGCGUGGGAUCUUCGGGGAACGAAAACUCUUCAACGCAACGAGCGGUAUAUGGCAAUAUCCCAUGUAUGGUCGGACGGUACUGGCGCCGGGAGUCAAGCCAGUGGUCAUGUGAACAGCUGUUUGCUGGGGUUCUUUCGGGACUUUGCUCGGACAUUCAACUGCGAGGGUAUAUGGUGGGAUACAAUCUGCAUUCCAACACAGAAAGAGCUUCGCGAAAAAGCUUUAAAGCGCAUGCAGCUAAACUACAAGGCCGCAGCAGUUACACUGGUCCAUGAUUGUUUUCUCAGAGAGUGCGAAUGGCGCGAUGCAGACUUGGCAUGUUUUUACAUCCUAAUGUCCCCUUGGUUCAGCCGAGGCUGGACGGCAUUGGAGUUGAAAAUGUCCCAGAAUGUUCAAAUCAUUUUCAAAGGUCCCAAGGGUCCGAUCACCAAAGACCUUGACAAAGACAUAUUGCAGGCAAAGAGCACUACUACCAAGCAUGAAGUCGCGAAAGAUAUACUCAAGAGACUUCGGGGGAGGAAGUUGACCGAUUGGAUCACCUUCUGGCCGUUCUCGGUCCACGCCACACAUCUUGGCCGAGAGACAUGGCGAUCAUUUCGGGGCUCAUGA